AUGCCAGGCAAUGCUCCAGCCCUGAGCCACAUCCCAGCCUCGCAAACGUUUCAGAAGCAGAAGGUUUUCAAGAACCCCAAGUUCAGCCUGCUGACUGUCCGCAAUGACAUCACCCUGUUGAAGCUGGCCACGCCUGCCCGCUUCUCCCAGACUGUGUCUGCUGUGUGCCUGCCUGAUGCUAAUGACAAUUUCCCUGCUGGGACACAGUGUGUCACCACCGGCUGGGGCAAGACCAAGUACAAUGCCAACAAGACCCCUGACAAGCUGCAGCAGGCAGUCCUGCCUCUGGUGUCCACUGCUGACUGCAAGAAGUCCUGGGGCAGCAAGAUCACUGAUGUGAUGAUCUGUGCUGGGGCCAGCGGCGUCUCCUCCUGCAUGGGCGACUCUGGGGGCCCUCUGGUCUGCCAGAAGAAUGGAGCCUGGACUCUGGUGGGCAUCGUGUCCUGGGGCAGCGGCACCUGCUCCACCUCCACCCCUGCUGUGUAUGCCCGCGUCACUGCGCUCAUUCCCUGGGUUCAGGAGAUCCUGGCGGCCAACUGA